AGCGCGAGCCCGCGUCUGGGCGAGAUCCGAGGCGAAAACGCGGUCGCCGCCAUGAAGCGGCGCGACGGACCGGUCAGGGAUAACACCCUGUGGACGUGGCUCCCCGUGGGCGCGCAGGUUCUCCUCGCGGCGCUCGCCAACGUGGCGUCGAGCUCCACGCUGACGGUGUUCAACGCGUGGAUCUUCCGCCAGGGGUACCACUACCAGUGGUCUCUCAUCGUCGUGCAGCAGAUGGUGUGCGCCAUCUUCGCGGUGGCGCAGGUGGCGUGCAUUCCGGGCGAGGCGCGACGGGUGCGAAUCUCGCGCAAGGAUUACGCCGCGACGCUCCUCCCAUUCUCCGUGGUGGUCUCCCUGAAGCUGUACGUGCAAAACAGGGCGUUCGAGCUGGUAUCCCCCGCUUUCUACGCCAUGAUCGCGUCCACGCUCCCCGUCGGCGUCACCGCGCUCAGCGUGGCGGUCGGAGCCGAGCCCUUCCGCGUCGCCACCUGCGUCGCGGCGGGCGUCGUCGCCCUCGGGGGCGCGAUGAUCCACGCCGGCGAGGUGGCGCUGUCCCCCGUAGGAUUCGCGCUCACCCUCGUCGCCAUGAGCCUGGACGUCGCGAGGCUGGUGCUGGUGCAGCGACUGGUGCAGCCGCUCGGGCUGAGCAGCGUCGGCCUCAUGCUCCUCUCCGCCCCGCUGCAGUGCGUCAUCGCGGCCAUCGGCGCGGCGGUGCUGGAAUCGGGCUCCGUCGCCGCCGCGGCGAGCGCCGGGGAGUUCACCGCGCUGGCCUGGUCGCUGGUGUUCCUCAACGGCGCGCUCGCGGUGGUGGUCAACCUGGUGAUAUUCGUCUUCGUCAAGGUGGCAUCCGCGGUGGCGGUGGCCGUGACGACGCCCUUCAAGGACCUGGCCGUCGUGUUGCUCUCGGACCAAUUCGUGGUGCGGCGGACCGAGACGACGACGUCCAUCGUCGGCUUUGCGCUGGCGUGUGCAGCGUCGCUGGGGUACAACGUGUGGAACAUAGGCGUCAAGGAGAGGGAGAGGAGGGAUCGGGAGACGCGGGAGCGGUGUGCGGAGCAGUACGCGCCGCUGACGGGUGGGUCCGGGAGUGCGACGGACUCGCGUCUGAAGUUUACGCCGAUGGAGGAGGAUGGGGAGGAGGACGAAUUCGACGAGGAGGUGGACGCGCACGCCGGGGUGUGGCGGAUCGCCGACGCGCACAACGCGACGCUGGCGUGCGUGGGAACCGCGGUGCUGGUGACGUGCGCGGCGAUCCUCGCGCAAUUGGACUACAGCGCGGUGAUGGGGCGUUGACGACGUCUUUUAGGAAUAAUUCUUUCACCUUAAAAGUCGAAACGCGAGGUGGACGCUCGACGGGCU